AUGUCCUUGACUCCCACCUACUCAGGGUACAUUGGCCUGACCAAGGACGCCGUGCUAGUGAUCCAAGGCGUGCUCAACCAGGAACUCAAUUCUGUCCACAGAAGGCCCCACGAAAGAGAACGCGCCGAAUUGAUCCGCCUGGGCCAUGUUUUCGUGUUCAUCGAGGAGCAGCUGGGCAUCAAGCGCUGGACUGAUGGAGUGGCCUGGUCGCCGUCGAGAAUCUUGGGCCGGUUUUUAGUUUACCGAGAAUUGGACCGGGGCGCCAUGGGUGACGAUAAGAGAAGGCGAAAACGGUCGGUUGCAAAAGCGGCAGCAGCGGCUGCGGCAGCAGGCGGCCAUAGCCCCCAGUUGAACUUGCUGGCCCACGGCUCUCCCAGUAAUCCAUACAUUUCGCUGCCUUCGACGUCGACGUCAACGUCGGGCUCUUCUUUUUAUCCCGACUACGGCCUCAUCAAAAAAACGCUUUCUGUCGCCACCACAGCGAAAAACAUCAAACAAACCGUCCACUUGGUGUCGUACUACCUGGCGGGGGACGUUCUCCUGGGCAAAUUGUCCCGGCCUUCUCAUACAAACCUCCAGUUCAUGCCUAUAUCCCCCGACUUGUGGGACGCCGUGCAAAAGCUGCUGUUGGGCGGAAAAAUCCCCAUCGAGGACGAAGCCCUGUAUUUCUUGGACUCCAACUAUCAACUCCAAAACAUGCUGGUGCUCAUGAGAGACAGACAGCAGCUGGUUCUGCUGCCGGGCCAAAGACCGCUGUCUCUGCCCUUUCACCACCCGCAGCCGCCGCCAGCUGCCUACCAGUCCCACACGCAGCCUCUCCAGCCACAUCAACAGCCUCAUCACUUCCCGCAGAAUUUUCCCCAGAGCUACCCGCCUCAGCAGCCGCUCAACUCUUCCUACUCCCAGCUAUUCCCUCCCAAAGUGCCUCUGGUGCUCCCCAAUCCUUAUCAUACUGACUACGUUCCUCUUCACCACGACGAGAACAAACCGCCUCCGCCCCCCACGGAUCAGACCAGCAACCAAAGCAGCAUCUCGGGUCCUGUCAGUGGGCCUAGCAGCAUUUCUGGGCCUGCACUGGCUCCGUAUCCAUAUUUUAAUGUGGCCAACCCCAACCCUCCCAUGGGUGAGCAGUACUCCUUGACUCCACAGCCCCAGUCCUUGCCGCCUUAUCAGAACUUGUACAACCAAAGCUACUCGUAUCAGGUGCCUCCAGUGCAAAGGAGACCUGACACGGAGGUGUUUCAGCAGGACGAGCACUACGGGUACAUUGACUCCACAAAAGAGAGACAGGAUGAUAGAAUAUUUCGAUUAUCGUAA